AUGGCGUUCCCGACGAAUAUGCUGGGCAUUCUCAUCGCCAUCGUCAGCAUCUUUGCGCUCGUCCACUCGGCGGACUCGAUUCCCAGACUGCUCAAGUACGAGGAAAAGGGCAAGAAGGCGGCAGAGUGGAGCCGGACGGCAGAGAAGCAGCUGUGGGAAAUCAGAUACACCGUCGGAACAGGCUUUGUCGGCUGCCUUGUAUCCGCCAUCGGCGGCAUCGCCUUCUCCCUCGUGGUGCCCCGCGGCCUGGGCAUCUUCACCGUCGGCUUCCCCAUCAUGCUCGCGGCGGGACUGACGUACGGGCACCAGUACAUGCGCCAGUUUUGGGCGUCGAAGCCCAAGGUGCCCCUGAUGAAGGAUUUCAACGAGGCUAUUUCGGACUCGAUGAUGGUGCAGGAUAUGAUGAACCCGUUGGCUGGCGCGUGGGGUCUCAUGACAUUUUGCAAGCUUGUCGGGUUGUAG